AUGGCUCCCAUUACAUCCGCUGGAGAGGCUGUGGCGAGAAUCGCUUACCAGGCCAGCGAGGUCGUCCUCUCCGUCCAGCCCUCCCUCCAGUCCGACUCCGUGUUCAGCAAGACCUUGAAGGGUCUCAAGGCUUCCGGUGCUCGCAGCGUGGUUCCUGAGGGCGUGCCAGAUGUUGUCUCUGUCCGAUACAACGAAGACCCCCUCCUCUCCGCGUUCCACCCUCUGCAGUCCGGCAAACUCGUGUCCGCUGUCACAAGCUCGUCUACCCUCCUCUCCUCUAUCCCUCACCUCUACCGCCUCGCGAACUCCCCCGUCGUUAUCCACGUCGCUCUGGAACCAUACCCCUUCCCAGAUUACUCCGCGAUCAGCUCCAUCCGGCAAUGCGGCUUCACAUUCUUGCACUCCGAGACCCUGCAAGAGGCCCAGGAUAUUGCGUUGACGGCGCAUGCUCUGGCCCGCAAGUCCGGCAAGGGUGUCAUUCACUUCUUCGACCCCGCCAACUCGGCAAACGACGACGCUAUCGAGCAGGAGAGCGCACAAACUUUCAGGUCGCUUCUGGAUCUGAGCGGGAGCGCCGUUUCUCACUCCGAGGGACACGGUGUCGACACCCUCUACACCGAGACUGGCCGUGUCGCUACUGUUUCUGACGAGACCGUGGAAAACCCUUCAGCCACCCCCGCCGAGGGAACCGCCACCCCUACCCAGCCCUCUCAGACGCCAUCCAGCCGCAGCGUUGCAAACUCGUCAGUGGGCUCUUCAGAGCGUGACAGCAGCGUCGACAGCCGCGCAACGAGCUCGGCUGCAACCACUGUCGAUGGAUCCGUCCGACCUGUGAGUGCCUCCGACAUCUUCAGCUGGGCCAGUCAAAUCUGGAAGGUCCUGUCUGAAACCACCGGCCGCAACUACCGUGCCAUCGAAUACACUGGUCCCUCCGACGCUAAGCAGGCUAUCUUCGUUUUCGGCUCGACUGGUGUCUUCGUCGAUGUUCUUGGGAAGGAGGACGUUUCCGCUGAGCUCGCUAACAUCGGUCUGAUCACCGCUCGUCUGUACCGCCCGUGGGUUGGCUCUGAGAUCGCCAACUCGAUUCCCCGCUCCGUUGAGAAGAUUGCCGUCCUCGAGCAGGUCCGCAAGACCACGAGGUGGGGCCCUUCGUUCAUGGACCUCCUCUCCAGCCUGACUCCCGCUGCUACUGGAGGCCGCAGCCCACAAAUCGUUGGCUACAGACUCGGCUACGUUGAGCCCUCCACUGCCGUCCAGGCUCUCCGCGGAAUUGUCCAGAACCUGAGCUCUCCUUCUCCCAUCCAGAGCCUCGAGAUUGGCAGCUCCAACGCUCCUAAGCUUGAGACCGCUCUUGAGCAGCCCCGCAUCGAGAACGCUUACCUGAAGAUCCUCAACCAGCUGUUCGGUGAGCGCCUGUACCUUGCCAACCAGCUGGGCUCCAACAACGCUGGUAUCUCUUCCACCAUCGCCGCCAGCCCCGAGUACGGUUUCGGUUCCCUGAUCGCCAGGAAGGAGCACCGCCAGCGCUUCAUCCGCGAGGUUGAGGCUGCUUCCAAGUCCACCAGCUUCGCUACCGAAGUUGUCCCCAAGUGGCUUGCGGACUGGGCUCUGAAUGCCACUGACGCUAUCAAGGUCAACAAGCUGGCCCCGGAUGUCAUUGCUCGUCUCGGCAACGAUGGCUCUGAUCUCUCCAAGCAGCUCCUGCAGAACAAGAAGCUUUUCUACAAUGAGUCCCAGUGGCUUAUCGGUUCGGACGCCUGGGCCUACGAUCUUGGAAACUCCGGUGUUCACCACGUUCUCGCUUCCGGUGCAGACGUGAACAUGCUCGUUAUCGACUCUCAGCCCUACUCUGAGCGCACCGCGGCCGACCCCACCCGCAGAAAGAAGGACAUUGGUCUGUACGCCAUGAACUAUGGCAACGCCUACGUCGCCUCUGUUGCCGUCUACAGCUCUUACACUCAGGUUCUCCAGGCCAUGGCUGAGGCCGAGCAGUUCAAGGGCCCCUCCAUCGUUGUCGCCUACCUCCCCUACAACCAGGAGAACGACUCCGCCCUCACUGUUCUCCAGGAGACCAAGAACGCUGUCGACCUCGGCUACUGGCCUCUGUACCGCUGGAACCCCGCCAACGAGGACAAGGGCGAGCCCAAGUUCGCUCUUGACUCCGAGCGCGUGAAGCGCGAGCUUGAGGAGUUCCUCCGCCGCGACAACCAGCUUUCCCAGCUCAUGAACCGCCAGCCCAAGUUCUCGUCUGUCCUUUCCGAGUCCUACGGUACUGAGGUCCGCUCUAUCCAGAAGCGCAAGGCCAAGAACUCCUACGAGAAGCUGCUUGAAGGCCUUUUCGGUGCUCCUUUGACUAUCCUCUUCGCCUCUGACGGUGGUAACGCUGCGACCCUGGCCAAGCGACUCGGUAACCGUGGACGUGCUCGUGGUCUCAAGACCAUGGUCAUGGCGAUGGAGGACUACCCUCUUGAGGACCUGCCCACUGAGGAGAAUGUCGUUUUCAUCAGCAGUACUGCUGGCCAGGGAGAGUUUCCUCAGAACGGCCGCGCCCUCUGGGAGUUUGUCAAGAACACUGGUGACCUUGACCUAUCCACCAUCAACUACUCCGUUUUUGGUCUCGGUGACAGCCACUACUGGCCCCGCAAGGAAGACAAGAUUUACUACAACAAGCCCGCCAAGGACUUGGACGCUCGCAUUGCCUUCCUCGGUGGACGCAAGCUUGCGGACAUUGGUCUUGGUGACGAUCAGGACCCCGAUGCCUUCCAGACUGGUUACUCUGAGUGGGAGCCCCGCAUCUGGCAGGCUCUUGGUGUCGACAAGGUUGAGGGUCUCCCUGAGGAACCUGCUCCUUUGACCAACGAAGACAUCAAGAUCCAGUCCAACUACCUCCGUGGUACCAUCGCCGAGGGACUUCUCGACGAGAGCACCGGUGCCAUCUCCGCCAGUGACCAGCAGCUGACCAAGUUCCACGGUACCUACAUGCAGGACGACCGCGAUGUUCGUGACGAGCGCAAGGCCCAGGGUCUCGAGCCUGCCUACAGCUUCAUGAUCCGUUGCCGUCUCCCUGGUGGUGUCGCUACGCCCACCCAGUGGUUGCAGAUGGACGCCAUCUCCAGCUCUCACGGUAACGAGACCAUGAAGCUCACCACCCGUCAAACCUUCCAGUUCCACGGUGUCGUCAAGCGCAACCUCCGCGGUGCCAUGCGCGCCAUCAACAAGGCUCUCAUGACCACUAUUGCCGCUUGCGGUGAUGUCAACCGUAACGUCAUGUGCAGUUCUCUUCCUGAGAUCUCCUACUACCACCGUGAAGUGCACGCUAUCUCCAAGAAGAUCAGCGACCACCUUCUCCCCGCCACCACCGCCUACCACGAGAUCUGGCUCAAGGAUGAGGACGACAAGAAGGUCCAGGUUGCUGGUGAUGCCGUUGUCGACCACGAGCCCAUGUACGGUCCUACCUACCUGCCCCGAAAGUUCAAGAUCACCAUUGCCAUUCCUCCUCACAACGAUACCGACGUUUACGCUCACGACAUCGGUCUGAUCGCCAUCAAGGGCGCUGACGGUCACCUCGAGGGUUUCAACGUCCUUGCUGGUGGUGGUAUGGGAAGCACUCACAACAACAAGAAGACGUACCCCCAGACUGGUCGCAUGUUCGGUUACGUGCCCGCUGACAAGGUCCACAUUGUCUGCGAGAAGAUCAUGCUCGUCCAGCGUGACUUUGGUGACCGUAAGAACCGUAAGCACGCCCGUCUCAAGUACACUAUCGACGACAUGGGUGUCGAGGCAUACAAGGAGAAGGUCGAGGCUCAGCUCGACGGCCUGAAGUUCGCCGAGCCCCGCCCCUUCAAGUUCGCUUCCAACGUCGACACCUUUGGCUGGCUGAAGGAUGAGACCGGUCUCAACCACUUCACCUUCUUCAUCGAGAACGGCCGUAUCGAGGACACCGCCGAGUUCCGCAUGCGCACCGGUCUCCGCGAGCUCGCCACCCUCAACAAGGGAGAGUUCCGCCUCACCGGUAACCAGCACUUGAUCCUGUCCAACAUCAAGGACGAGGACCUCCCCGCCAUCAAGGAGCUGAUGGCCAAGUACAAGCUGGACAACACCUCCUUCAGCGGUCUCCGCCUCUCAUCCUCUGCCUGUGUUGCCUUCCCCACCUGCGGUCUCGCCAUGGCCGAGUCCGAGCGCUACCUCCCCGUCCUGAUCUCCAAGCUCGAGUCCACCCUCGAGGAGGCCGGUCUCGCCCGCGACAGCAUCGUCAUGCGUAUGACCGGUUGCCCCAACGGUUGCGCUCGCCCCUGGCUUGCGGAGGUCGCCUUCGUGGGUAAGGCGUACGGCGCCUACAACAUGUACCUGGGUGGUGGCUACCACGGCCAGCGUCUGAACAAGCUGUACCGCUCCUCCAUCAAGGAGGACGAGAUCCUCGACAUCAUGAAGCCCCUGCUGAAGCGCUACGCUCUCGAGCGCAACACCGACGGCGAGGAGCCCGAGCGCUUCGGUGACUGGCUCAUCCGCGCUGGCGUUAUCAAGGAGACUACCGAUGGCCGCAACUUCCACGAAGGAGUCGCUGAGGAAGAGGAAGACGAGGAGUAG